GCUCACAGCUUGAAAAAAAAAAAAAAAAAAAAAGAGAGAGAGAGGGCGAGAGGCAACAGCGAAGGAGGAGGACUCUCUGGCGUGCUACAAAGGAUUGCACAACUCCGGGCUGGGAGCGCGGAGCGCCCAGCGGCCGGCCGGCGCGCGCGGCACGGCGGCGAGCAGGAACCAGCUCUACCACUUCAUCAGCACAACUGUCUCGGGUCGGCCUCUCUGCCAGCAGGCCCGGCACCGCCUACUUCCUGAGACCAAAUAAGGCAGGGGAAGGCGUCUUUAAACCUCCGGCGGCUGCCCCGGCUGGGGAUUUCCAGCAGACCUCACCUCCACUCCAGAGACUGUCGCCACCCUCCCCCAGCCCAGGAACGGUGCCCCCCGAUGGCUUUGCUGGAACCAACAGGCCACGCGGCUCGUUCCUUUCACACCAAGGUCAGGAGGAGACGGUGACGAAAUGUUUGGAAACCCAUCGGGCCUGCCAGGAAAGUCUGUGUGUGAUGCUGGGGGAGGACACAAGUCGCUUUCUUCCACAAAGAAAACUCUGGUUUUGGAUACGGUGCAACUAAAAAGGGUGCCGAUUGCGGAAGAAAAGAAAAAAAGAGACAGAUGGUCCAGGGACCUUACCCAGAGAGCAGGCUUUUCUUCACCAGCAAGCUAUAAACUACAGCAAAGAGCACAGAGCUCCAGGUCCCAGGGAGUGCAUCUGCUGAGAAACACUCCAGGAAGCAAAGCACCCUUGACAGGACCUCAAACUCUGGGUCCCAGUGACCAUAGAAUAUGGCAUUCAAGAGGCUUCCAGGAACAGCAUCGGCUCUCUGGACUCUGCACCGAGUUAUCCCUCACUGCCCUGAGUGGUCAUCAUUCGUAUCCUCUUCUGGGACAACCUGAGACCAUGAAGAAGCUUGCAUGGGGGAAUACUGUGAAUAAAGGGACUACCUACCUCUGGGACCUCAUGACCUACAGUUACAACAGAAGAAAGACAAGGCUGUAUGUAGAAAGAACCAGGACUGAGUCUGGAUCCUGCCUAACUAAAGCCAAUCCACUGUGUGAUCUUAGGGAAGUUGACACUUAGUUCUGGGUCCCUGUGAGAUACACUGUAAAGUAUUUGCGACACAACCAUAAAAGAAUGCCACCUUCUAGGGAUUUAGAGAAUCACAAAG